UCAUCAUCAUCUCCAAUUGAUAGUGUUAUAAGUUAAUCUUGAUGAUUAAUUCCUUGAUUUUGAUGUUUGAGAUUGAUGUCUCCAAUUCUCAGUGAAUUGUUCCUUUCCGGGUUUAUGAUAAAUUCCACAUAUAAGCGCAGGACCCAUCUCGUUCAAUCUUUCUCAGUUGUCUUCCUCCACUGGUUCUAUUUCAUUUCAUGAUUUCAAAUAUCCCCUACAUAAAUAUAUAUCCUUAAUUAGUCAUAUUUUGAGUUUCUGGGUCUUAAUUUACUAGUUAGCUUUUGUUUAAUAUAUAUAUAUAUAGUCCUUGUGCUUUCCUUCAUGGCCAAUUAUUAUUCCUCUAGUAGAACUAGUUCAUGUUCAGGGUCCACAUCCAAAUCUAUCUUUCAUAAUAAUAAUAAUAAGGAGCAGGAUCAUGAUCAGGUUGAUGAGCAGCAGCAGCAGAAACAACUAAUUAUAGAUGAGCAGAUGAGAAAAAGGAAAAGGAUGGUAUCGAACCGUGAAUCAGCCAGGCGUUCGCGUUUGAGAAAACAGAAGCAUGAGAAUGAUCUUACGGAUCAGGUUUGUCAGCUGAAUAAGGAGAAGAAGGUAUUAAUUACAGGAAUGAACCGCAUCACUCAAAAGUAUUUGAUAAUUGAGGCUGAAAACAGGGUACUUAGAGCCCAAAUGGUUGAGUUAAGCAACAGAUUGCAAUCUCUCAAUGAAAUUAUCAUAAGUUUUAUCAAUAAUGGGAAUAUUUACUACUCUGUUGAACCUAACCAGGAUCAUCAUUUCUUCACAGAUAAUUAUAAUCAUAUUAAUGCCAUGAUGUUGCAGUAUUAAUUAAUUAAACCUAUAGUUGUAAUAAGUGAUUGAUCAUGUGUAAUGAACAAUAUAUGCUGUUAUUAUUAAUGCAA